GCCCUGCUCCAGUGCUCUGUGCUUUGUCCUCUGUGCUCACCGCUCUUCGCUUCGUCGCUUCUUCUAAAGUCUAAUCUCCUAUUCUCAUUUUGCUAAAUGAAGAGAAAACGCACUCCAAAUGAAAUGCAAAACAUUACUAGCUUCUUUGCUAAAAAGAAUCCUACUUCAACUUCUCUUCCACAUCCAACACAAAAUGAACAAACUAUAUCUCCACCUCAACAAAGUGAACAAACUAUAUCUCCACCUCAAGAAAGUGAACAACAUUCAUCUCCAUCUAAUUAUUCAACUCAAAAUUCCCCUCAAAAUGAACAAGGCCAAUGUUCUCCUAAUGCCCCAAUCUUUGGUGAAAGAUUAAGUGAACAUGAAUUUGCUAAUCUUCCACAAGAUCCAGGAAAGAGAAGAAAGAUGAGUCAAUUUCAUAAAGAUGAUAGAGAUUUAGUGAGAAGAAUUUACAUUCAAAGAAAGCCUUGUCAGCCCAAAGACUUUAUAUUUCCUCAAACUUCUAUUUUUGGCAAAAACCGUCGCUUUUGUGCUAAGUGGUUUGAUACUUGGACUUGGCUUGAGUAUAGUGUGGAAAAGGAUGCUGCUAUUGUUUCCCUUGUUAUCUAUUCAAGGAUGAAAAUGCAUUUGGAGGUGAUGCUUUUGUUAGUGAUGGUUUCAAAUCAUGGAUAUAGGAAGCGACUUGAAGCUUCAAUUGAAUCAAUCCAAUGGCUUUUGGUUGUAUUUUGUACUGUUUGAAUAUUUGGAUGUAUUUUUUAGUACUAUUAUUUGGUUGUUCGGUAAUUUUUUUUUUUACAUACUUGA